AUGGUUGAAAAAUUGCAAGAAAAAUGUAUAUAUGGAUCAUCGAAGAUAUCUUCCAAAAAAUCACCCAUAUCGCAAGAAAAAAAGGUGUUCAAUGGUAAAACUGAGGAGAGGACAACAAGGAAACCAUUACGAGGAGAAACUGUAUUUUCUCGUGUUGAAAAUCUAAACGUGACAUUCGGAAAAUUCAAAGGUAAGGGUAAAGGAAAACGUAAACGUACAUGUACAAUUCCUCCUAAAGUUAUUUGGAAGAAAAGAUCUAUAUUUUGGGAGUUACCAUAUUGGAAGCACUUGCAGGUUCGCCAUUGUCUUGACGUUAUGCAUAUUGAAAAAAAUGUUUGUGAAAUCCUGAUAGCCUUAUUGUUGAACAUUAAGGGAAAGUCAAAAUACGGGAUUAAUGUUCGAGAAGACAUGGUUGAAAUGGGAAUUCGCCCCGAGCUUGCUCCUAUUAGGAAUCCUAGAAAGCGUCCGUAUCUGCCAGUAGCUUGUUAUACCAUGUCAAAGGAUGAGAAAACAAAAUUUUGUAAGUGCUUACAUGAUGUAAAGGUUCCAUCAGGCUAUUCUACUAACAUUAAGAAGUUAGUGUCAAUGAAAGAACUAAAACUAUUUGGUAUGAAGUCCCAUGAUUGUCAUGUUUUAAUGGCACAUAUGAUUCCCAUUGCAAUUCGUGGAAUACUACCAGACCGCAUUCGACACACAAUCACAAAGCUAUGCUUGUUUUUCAACAUGAUUCAUUCUAAAGUUAUUGAUCCCGAGGUAUUAGAUUUAUGGGGAAGUGAUAUUAUCUUGACAUUAUGCCAACUCGAGAUGUAUUUCCCACCUUCAUUUUUUGAUGUCAUGGUUCAUCUAACAUCUCAUAUGUGUGGGCCAGUAUACUUACGAUACAUGUAUCCAUUUGAGAGAUAUAUGGGCGUCUUAAAAGGGUAUGUAAGGAAUAGACAUCGACCAGAGGGUAGUAUUGUUGAAGGAUACGCAACAGAGGAGGUAAUUGAAUAUUGUACUGACUAUUUACAAGGUGUUGAUAGCAUUGGCAUUCCAAAAUCUCGACACGAGGGUAGACUUGUAGGGAGUGGGACAAUUGGAUUGAAAAAGAUCAUUCCAAAUCGAGAAGACUUACAACUUGCACAUUUUACAGUCCUACAACAUAUGACAAUCAUUGCUCCAUUUAUAAAUGAGCACACAAGAACACUGGAAUUGUCAAAUCGCGACAAAGUGAGAGCAAGUUAUGGCAUCGAUAAUGUGGAUCAAGCUGUAGUACAUCUAGGGAAUGGUCCUGAAGAUCUUGUGGCAACUUACCAAGGAUAUGACAUUAAUGGUUAUACAUUUUACACUAAUCAACAAGAUGGAAAAAGUACACUUCAAAAUAGUGGUGUAACGGUAAUAGCCUCAACUGAAGUAUAUGGAGAUAGUCAUGAUACAAGGGUGAGGAUCACCAAAGAAUCAUACUAUGGCGUCAUUCAGGAAAUAUGGGAAUUGAAAUAUGAUUCCAUCAUUAUACCUAUGUUAAAAUGCAAAUGGGUUGACAACCAACGAGGUGUUAAAGUUGACAAUGAUGGUUUUACAGUUGUUGACCUUUCCACAAACGGAUAUGUAUCAGAACCAUUCAUCCUAGCUAAACAAGCUACCCAUGUAUUCUAUGUUGAGGACCCAAAGGAAUCGGGAAAGCACAUCGUUAUGCAUAGCAAACGACAUAUACUUGGUGUUGAUGAUGUUGUGGACAAGGAAGAGUACGACCAGUUUGAUGAACUACCCCCAUUUUCUAUCGACAUUCCAUCUUCAAAUGAUGAUGUUGAUGACACCACUUACUUACGGUCAGAUCACAAUGAAGGAAUAUGGAUAUCAUAA